AUGGCCGCUGAAGGAUCAGACCUAAAUGUCUCGUCGCAAGAGCCUUCACAACAAUCUUCGACACCCUCGGCUAUGGCUGCUGGGCCACAGUUGAUAGGAGCAACGUAUCUGAUGACGCGAGAGAGAGCCAUGGCGCAUGCUGGCGACAUCGCCAAGAACCUAGGGCAUCGAGGCUUUGAUCAAGCAUCUCUUGUCUCACAAUUGAACGAAUGGCUAUCGCUGCCUGUGAUCAAAGUGCUCAGCGAGGACAUGAAGAACAGAGUCUCUAUUUGGUGCCAACAGCACAGCCGGGGAUGGCUUGAUGCAAUUCGGGACGCAGAUGAAGACAUCAUGGAAUAUAAAUAUUUUACCCUCGAAGAGCCGGCUACUACGAUCCCGACUAUUCAAAGUGCUACCGAAGAGAACAUUCGCCAAUGGAUGCAAGAGAUCCUGCACGAGCAGCGGGAAUCCACAGCCAAAAUAAUGGCCAAGAUUGAUGGUUUACAGCACCCAGACCAAACCUCUCCAGCUGGACCUCCUACCAAACGCCGGCGGACAAGCACGCGAAGCAUUUCAAAGAACGUGAAGAUUGACGAGGGGUUAUGCCAUCUCCUGGGAGAAGACAGCGAGCUCCUUCAGUGUUUCCGCGACUAUGCUGUCAGUGUUGACCCAAACUUUCCCGAUGCUGGAUCAAAGUCCAGCGGAAAGGCUUUCUGGUCAAAGGGCCAACUAGAGAACUUCCGAAAAGAAGCGCGGGAGUUGGGACUCGGUAUCCUCGAAUACAAGCUUCUCGACCGAACAGUCCAGGAAAUGGAUGAAGGCGGUCUGAGCAUGGCGAACAUUGCCGCACUAUCUCGCCAACUGGUGUCUCGGGAACAGUACGAGAAUUUGGAAGCCAAGUUCCCGUUCCCAAUUGUUUGCGACCAAGAAUAA